AUGAGUAGAAAAGAUGACGAUUUGCAUCCAUUGUUGCACUCUUCUUCAAUGGAAAAAGAGACGAAAAUACCGGUAAGAAUUUGCUUUGAAAAGAAAUUUAAAUUUUUAACCAAAAAAAUAGAAAACUUAUUUAAUGAUGUUAUUAAUUUUCACAUGAAAUUUUCAUGUUUUCAAAAAAAAAAUCAAGAUAAAAGUAUGGAUUUGGAAAAAAGACCCAGAAAUAAAGCUUUUAGAUAAAAUCUGGGCUUUCUUCGCUUCCUCACGAAAAAAAAAGAAAGGUUUUCCUGUUUAUUCCAUCCAUUCCAAGUCUUUUUGUUCAUUCACCUUUUCCUCCUUUUGAAUUCUAAAAAGAUGGUUUUCUAGGUUCCACAAGUUUCGAUUGGUCGAGAAUCGCAAUCAAAUCGAAAUAUGAAAACAGCAAUUUUAAUAUGGUUAACACUACAAAAUAGUAUACAUACACUACUUAUUCGAUAUUCGCGUGCAAGAGAAGUUGAAGAUAUGUUUGUGAGUACGGUAGCUGUUUGGUUGACUGAAGUUAUCAAAUGUAUUAUUUGUCUAUUUUUAGUAGCACAAGAGGAAACUCCAAGGAGGUUUGUUUUUUUUUACAAAAUAUAUUUUCCUGAUAAUUUUUCACACAUUGAUAAUUUUACUGUUGCCAAGAACGUUUUCUGACCUGAGAACUGACGUGGCAAAAUUUGAAAAAAAAAACUAAUUAUGAUCGUUUUUCUAAAAAAAAUGUAGCCUUGUCAGUAAUUUUAAUUCAAACUUUAAAAAAAAGAAUUUAUUAAAAUUUAUUUUUCCGCUUAAAAUAAGCCGCAAAUUCACGAUUUUUCCACGUCAUACCUCAUUUUCACCGCGCAAAAACUUGAUUCCCCAAAAUAAUAAUUUAUUCUAGGUUCCUUUCUUCGUUGCGAGCUCAAAUUAUUGAACAACCAUAUGAUACUUUAAAAGUAUGUAUUCCUGCAAUGAUUUAUAUUGUACAAAAUAAUUUGUUCUACGUGGCAGCUUCUCAUUUGGACGCCGCUACUUUUAUGGUUUGUUUGAUUUUGAAACAUUAUUUAUUUAUAUAGCUGUUUCCAGAUUACAUCGCAGCUAAAAAUUUUCACCGCCGCUAUUUUCACAGUUAUCAUUCUUCGACGAUCAUUAAAUCAAACACAAUGGUUUGCACUUGGUGUUUUAUUUAUUGGUGUAUCUUUGGUGCAACUUCAAGGAACUUCUUCGACAGCAAAAAUUGCUGGUGAAUCGCCUUUAGUUGGUAAGUUUCAGAUUCAGUAUGAUUCUCAAAACUUCUUUCUUUCAGGUUUCAUCGCUGUAGUUGUGGCAUGUUGUUUGUCAGGUUUUGCUGGAAUUUAUUUCGAGAAAAUUCUCAAAGGAUCAGCUCCAGUUUCAUUGUGGAUGAGAAAUGUGCAAAUGGCUGUUUUUGCGAUUCCAUCUUCAUUUUUGGCGAUUUACGUGUCAGACUCGGAAACUGUUACAACAAAAGGAUUAUUAUAUGGAUUUGAUUCGAUUGUUUGGUUGACUGUUUUGUGGUAUGGAAUUGGAGGUUUGUUUUUUUUACUAAAUCAAAAAGAAGAGAAAUUCUUGGAUCCGGUUCAUUUUGCGUUCGAAGUCUAAGUCUUAUCUAUAAUUUGGAUCAAUCGAAGAAUGUUGAUUUUGAAAAGAACAUUUUUGGGAUUUCGAUUUCUGAAAUUAUUUAUUUUGAAAAAAAAACCCACGGAAAAACUUCGUCUUAAAAAAUGUCCAGAAAAAAGGUUCCUGAUCCAAAAAAAUUAAAAACUUUUGGUGAAAAUCAAAAUUUUUCAGAAAUGCAUAAAAUUCCUGCAAAAUAUUAUUUAAAAAAAUAAAUUCGAAAAUUAGCAGCUGUCAAAUUUAGGGCCAAAUAAUAAAAUUUUUGAACAAAAAAAAUCGGGAAUCUUCUGACAAUUUAGAAAAAAACUGUCGUAUUUUUUUGAAUAUUGGCCUUUAGAACUAAAAACCUCAAAACUACUCUUGAUUUUUUUUCAGCUUGAAAAACUAAUUAAAAAUUCUGUACUUCAUAUCUCAAUUUCUAUUCCUAAAUUCCAGGUCUCUCCGUCGCUGUUUGUAUCAAAUACGCUGACAACAUUGCCAAAAACUUUGCAACAUCAGUCGCAAUUGUUUUAUCAACAAUCGGUUCAAUGUUCCUUUUCGACUUCAUUCCAUCUCUCACCUUCAUUUUCGGCGCUUCUCUCGUCAUUUUCAGUAUAUUUUUAUAUUCUUCUCAUCAAUCGAUGGUUUCUGCAUUGAAUCGAUUACGCGGUGAUGUUCCUUCAAUUUCUAAAGAAUCUUUUUGUUUGUGAUAUUUUUUUUUGACAAAAUGUGAUUGGGUUUACUGGGUGUUUUUUUUGUUUUUCAAUUGUUUAUAGCUUUAUUGUUGCAUUUUUUCCUUUUGAUGAAGAAAAAUAAUAUUUAUUUAUUUUCUACUCUUUUUUUCGUGAAAAGUUAUUUUUACUAACUUAUAUUUUAUCAAUCAACAUCAUAAUACUUUUCUCCAAGGUCGAACUGAAAUAUUAUUUUUUUUUUCAUUUUCACACAAACUGUACAGUUUUAAUCCAUUUAUUUAUUUAUUCAAACAUUCUGCGUCUCUCCACGUGGAAAUGUCCCAUUUUCUCUCGUUUCUCUCACCGCACUCCUGGUUCCUUGUGCUCUUUCGCUGUGUCCUCUUCCUGACAGCUGGCUCCACUUUUUGCAAAAUGAUCAUUUUUAUUCUGGUGUAGGGCGUGUAGUAUUAUUGUUGUUUUGUUUUUGAUUUUCAGUAAGUACGUCUAGUUUUUCUAUUGACAGAGGGAUUUAAAUUAUUCAUUCUGAAUUUUUAUUAUUUUGAAAAUUUAGCACAUUUUUGCCACGUGGAAUUUCAUAUUUCGUUCAGCGCCAAAAUUUGGAAUUUCAAGAAAAUGCUGUUUUUUUUCGCGAAGAAUUUAGAUUUAGUAUCAGAUUUUUUCAAAGUUCUUUAACAUUUUUUUGAAAUUUGGAAAAAAAAAUGAAAUUUUCUAUGAAAAAUAAUUUUAAAAAAUUGAAGUCGGCAGAAAUCACAGCAAAUUUUCCUGAUGUGAGUUUUUUUUCCAAAAAAAAUGAACUAGUUUUUAGGAUUUUUUUUCUCAGAUUUCAAAAAAAUCAAAAAUUCUAUGUUUUUUUGAAUGAUCUUUUUCCCCAAAUCUAAUUUUCGAGCAUCAUUCUUUUUCAGGGAAAAUGUUCUGCUUUUUUGUUUUUUUUUCCUGUUUUUUUCCAGCCUGGAAUUUCUCUUUCUUUCUUUUUUUCAAAAAUCAUCAACAAUUUUGCAGCGAUGGCAAAAGCUGAGGUGAUAAAAUACACUUCGCUUAUAGUUUUGGUCGUCCAAAACUGCUCUUUAGUUUUGUUUAUGCGAUAUGUUAUGACAAAUGAUCGACCGAAGUUUUUGAAGGUAAAUUUAAUUUAAUUUUUAAAAAUUCAUAUUCAAAAUGUUCAAUAUUUUACAGACAAUCAGUGUAUUCUUCGGUGAAAUUUUCAAAUUUUCCGUCAGUUUGAUUUUUGCAUGCGUUGAAGAGAAAAGUUUGGUGAAAGGUCUCAAGAGAAUUUAUACGGAAUUUGUUGUAAAUUGGAAAGAUACGUUGAAGGUUUUGGUGCCGGCUGCAGUUUAUACUGUACAGAAUUUCUUGUUGUAUGUGGCGGUUGAUAAUUUGCCAGCGGCGACGUAUAUGGUAAGUGGAUAACAUUGAAAAUUGCUCAUGUUAAUCGAUUUUCAAUGAAAAAACCAUCUGAAAUUAUUGAAUUUUGAACCUAAAUUCACGUUUCUCAAAUAUUUUGAGCUAAAAUUAUAUUUUAAUAUUUUGUAUAAUUGCUCAUAUUAAUAUAUUUGUCUUGAAAUUUCAAAUUCUUGAAAGGUGUUAUGAAUGAAUAAAAAACUCAUUCUUCUCAAUUUCUAGGUGCUCUUAUGUCUUUAAACUAUUUCUCAUGUUACUGGAUUUCUCUAGGAAAUUUUCAAUAUUGAAUUUUCAGCCAAAAUUAAGGUUUAUGAAUAUUAUUGCUCAUAUUACUCAAAUUUUGAAUAGGUUCAAAACUGAAAUGUUGGUCCCGAAAAUUCCAAUUUCGUAUUUUUUGAACCUCAAGAAUCAUUGCUCAAAAAUCCUUUUACUUUUUGUUGACUUCUAAAUAUGCUCUCCACCUUUUUAUCCGCGAGCUUAUGACGUUCAAAUCGGAUUCUUACGCAAAUAGCACGUGUUUUUACUUCUCAAAAAAGUCUAAUCUAUAUUUAUCUUUAUCUUUAUCCAAUUUCAGGUAACCUAUCAACUCAAAAUCCUGACAACCGCUGUUUUCACAGUUCUUGUUCUCAAACGAAAAUUGAGCAUUCAACAAUGGAUGGCUCUUUUGGUGUUGUUUUCUGGUGUUGUUAUCGUUCAAUAUGAUCAAAAAAUGUCGAAUGACAAGGAAAAAGAAUUAUUGGCAAUUAGUAAAUCGGUUUUGACUUUGGAUAAUACAACAAUCGAAACACCGGUAGGAUUUUUUUGAAUUUUUGAACUUGUGAGAAUCCGGUUCAAAACUGGGUUCUCACAAGAUCCUUCCAAUGGUGAAUUUAGAAAACCCGAAAAUUGAUAUGAAAAAAUUAAGGCAUUUUUUUUAGGGAACCUCAACUCUGCAAUCAAUUGCAUUAAGCGAAAUCAAAAACGCAUCGAAAAAAGGCGGCGAAAAUUCGAUAUUUGGAUUUGUUGCAGUUCUAAUCGCUUGUAUUCUUUCUGGUUUCGCUGGAAUCUACUUCGAAAAAAUAUUGAAAGGUUCAAAUGUCUCAAUCUGGAUUCGAAAUAUUCAACUCGCACUUCCCUCGAUUUUCUUCGCUUUCCUCUUUGCUUCCGUCAAAGAUAAUUCAAAAGUUUAUGCAGAUGGUCCAAGUCCACCGGAAGUUUGGAAAAAUAUGUUGCAAGGUUUUGAUUGGGCUGUUUGGGUUACUGUAGCAAUUAAUGCGUUUGGUGGAUUGGUUGUAGCUGUUGUUAUCAAAUAUGCCGAUAAUAUUUUGAAAGCUUUCGCCACAUCUUUUGCUAUUGUUUUGAAUUGUAUUGCCGCCUUCUUUUUAUUCACAUUCAGACCAACAAUGUUAUUUGUUCUUGGAGCAAGUGCUGUUAUUGCUGCUGUUUUUGUAUAUAGUAUGUAUCCUUAUAGGUGAGUUGACUUCAGAAUAUUUAUUGGAUAAACCCAGAAUUUUUCUCCGUCGAAAAACUCACGCAAAAAUAAUCAAUUUUUCCAGAUCUUCCCACGUCCCAGUUCCUACACAAGAUCCCAAAGAUGUUGAACUUCAGGAAGCUUCCAAUGACCAAAAAGCAUAG